GCAGAUGGUGGGCAGAUCUCAUCCACCCCUUUUCUCUUCUCGUCGCCACAAUGUGAAAUCUGUUCUAUCCUCCUUAUCUCUUAUUGAAAUUACAACGACAAUCUUCUAUCUAAAUCAGAAGCCCUAAUUCGAAACGAAAUAGCAUUGCAGAAUUAGGCUCUGCUGCUUCCAAUGGCGUCCAUUUCUCUUCCUACCACAAAUCAUGUCUUCCCUUCGGCAGUGCAUUCCCAACCAAAACCUACAUUCAUCUCUCAGAACCUCUCACCUGUGUCUAACUUUUCAGGGUCUCAAUUUCUCGGCCUCAAGCUCUGUAAACCCUCCAAUCGUUCAGUUCCCUAUUCUGCUUCCGUGAAAACCUCCGUCACUGCUAAGGUGACGAAAGGAUCAGUUCCUCCUAGCUUUACAUUGAAGGAUCAAAAUGGAAGGUCCGUGAGCCUCUCUAAAUUCAAAGGCAAGCCUACAGUCGUUUAUUUCUAUCCUGCAGAUGAAACCCCAGGUUGCACCAAACAAGCGUGUGCCUUUAGGGAUUCGUAUGAAAAGUUCAAGAAAGCAGGGGCUCAGGUUGUAGGCAUCAGUGGAGAUGAUGUAGAGUCACACAAGGCCUUUGCUGCAAAAUACAAGCUGCCAUUUACCUUGCUGAGCGACGAGGAUAACAGGGUCAGGAAAGAGUGGGGCGUCCCGGGGGACCUUUUCGGCGCAUUGCCUGGAAGGCAGACUUACGUCCUCGACAAGAAUGGUGUUUGUCGACUUAUAUACAACAAUCAAUUCCAACCCGAGAAGCACAUCAAUGAGACCUUGAAGUUUCUUGAAUCUGCUUGAAUUGAAACUCAAAUUUUAUUUCAUCCAAACAUGCUAUACUAAUUCUUUCCAUGUCUUAAACUCAUUUAUUUCGAUUGUAAUAGGAAUAAAGGCUUUCUUAUAUGUUAUUAA